CAUUAAUUAUUGCUAUAAAGGCCAGUAACAGAUACCCACGCACCCCGUCAACUAAACCUUGCAAUUUCUUUCUUUUAACUUUCUUCCGUCACUCAUCAACCCAUCUCGUGGUUGAAGAAAAUUAAAGAAGUAAAGGGCUGUUUCUCGAAUUUUGUGGGCGACCAAGGAAAGCAGAUCUGAAGCCAUGGGUGGAGGUAAUGCACAGAAAUCCAAGAUGGCUCGUGAAAAGAAUAUGGAAAAGAUGAAGGCCGCCGGAAGGGGAAGUCAGCUUGAAUCCAACAAGAAAGCCAUGUCGAUCCAGUGCAAGGUGUGCAUGCAGACAUUUAUCUGCACUACUUCAGAGGUGAAAUGCAGGGAACAUGCUGAAGCAAAGCACCCGAAGGCUGAUGUCUAUGCUUGUUUUCCUCAUCUUAAGAAAUGAUGAUUUCCAGCUAAAGGAAACAUCAAAUAUAGGUUUCAACUGUGUCUCCAGUAUAUCAUUGUGAUCAAGAUUGAACCAAAUUUCAUUGUUUCUACUCAAAUAAUGUUCCAAACUGUUGUUGGUUAAAUGGAUUGAAACUCUUAUAUAUGUUUAUAGUAGCUGUUCUAUUCUUUUUUA